AUGGCCGACUCCGAAACCUCCAGCCUCCAGGGCACCAGGUCACGUCGCGCCUGGACAGUCUCUGCAGAUUCAGAAGCAAUGGAUAACUCAGGUCGGAGUAACGGCCGUUCAUCCAAUGCUUCUAGCUUCGAACGACCUAAAACUUCAACUGGGGAAGUCCCAGAUUCUGCUAAGGCUGGACCUAGCGGCAUCUCCAAGCUCCUCAAAGCGCGACGGAGGCGGAAGAAGAACGACAAGACACCUGCAGAUGCGCCACCUGUACCGGAAAUUCUGACUGAAGAGGAUCUUCAGAUGAGCCGGUCGAAUGAUUCCCGUGAUGGCAAUUCCACCCUACCUUCAUCCAACGAUAGCUCAGCCCCGCCGGAAAGCGAAGUCAUCAACUUGUUGACCGACGAUUCCGAGCCCGAAAGGACUCCGCCUCUCACCUCUCACAACUCCCAUACGGGAUUCUAUACCUCCUCCUCUCCCCUCAUUAAGACGUCAUCCGCGGACGCCCCCGAAUCUGAAGGCUUUCAAGCCGACGUCGAAUCAGCUGUGAGCGGCCCAAGUGUGACUGGAUCCGAAUCGGCUACUAGCGAUGAUCCCCCGAGGCAAGGCAUUCAAUCAAGUAUGACCUUGGAUGUCCCGGCCGGCAAUAGCAAACGCCGCAGUGCUUCGCCAUCACCGGGGCGGCGUUUCAAAGAUGCCUUUAGCUCCGAUAAGAAAAGUGAGAAAAGCGCAAGCCCGACUGCAAGCACGACUGCAAGCGACGACGCAGACCGAGCAUCCUCAAAAUCUGGUAGCAAGGACAAACGGAGUAUAUUUGGAAGCAGACGCAGUAGUCUCUCAUCGAAACGGGCUCAGGCAGCUCCAGGUGAAGCUCCUCCGCCCCUGCCGGCUCCAAUUCGUACGGACUUGACAGAGAGUAAACCUCGUUCCCUGGAAGCAAGCCCCCUACCGAACACGCCUCCGCAUACAGCCAUCCCAGCCCCAGCCACGACCGUAACCCCGCCCACCCCGACCGAACACCGGCCACUUAACCCCCAAAUACUAGGCGGUGGAGUAACGGACUCCCCAGAAUCAAUCACAUCUCGGAAUUCCAUAUCAUCUCCUCCGGGGGUCACUACUGUGAGUCCCUCUGGAAAUAUGAUCUCACAUCGGCGAGUACGGUCUGCUUCUGCAGCUCAUGGCCCGAGCAAGUUAUCAAAUGUCACGGCAUUGAGCCCGCUGGACGAAGGAAAGUCCCUCAAGAGUUCACCCAGUCAACAAAGUGGUUUCUUUUCAUCGGUGUUCUCUGUCGCACAAAACGCCGCAUCCUCAAUUAGCAAUACCCUCAACAACCAACAAAGAAGCCGCACUAUCUCUUCCGCCGUACCUGCUGAGUUUGAAGAAGACGGCGACGGCUCUUUCGAAGGUCUUGAUAGGAACUCCGACGCGAGUAAAGGCGAAGACGGGAAGCCUUCAGCUUUGCAGACCCUGGGGGCUGGUGAUCUGAAUUUCAGUCAUCUGGACAUUGAUGCGCCGCCCGGAGAGGUGAUUUCUACUACUGAUGGUGUAGUUGUCACUAAGCCUCCAGCGACCCCAGCUGACAAGCGGAAGAAUGCAGCAGUCCAGCGGCGAGAUGAGGAUUCUGCGAAGCUUGAGGACCAGCGUGCAACACGCGCAGUUAACCUGGCCUAUGAAAAGCCCAGUGAUUUCCCCUCUAUCGGGUCUCCUGGCGAGGAUGUCUUGGAUACUCAGUCUACCGUUUCUAUCCCUAAAGACGGCAUUAUGACUGGGGAUCAUACUCCUCCCACUGGCAGUAUCGUUGACGGUGAUUUUGGCAGCGGCAUCAAGCGAAGUGGAAGUGUGCGCAGUCGACUUGCGCGACGCCACCGUGGUUCUUCUGGGGCCACUGCCUCGACAAUUGGUGCUAUCGGAGCUGGAGCCAGUGCCCUAGCUCUCGGUGCUCCUGGUGUCAAUUCAAGCGUACCUCGGCUGACCGGCUUCGCUGUGGCGAGUAAGAAGCGCAACCGAGACUUUCACCAGCUGUUCCGAAGUGUCCCAGAGGAUGACUAUUUGAUUGAAGACUACAGCUGCGCGUUACAGCGCGAGAUCAUUCUCGCUGGCCGUAUCUACGUCUCCGAAGGUCAUAUUUGCUUCUCCAGUAAUAUCCUGGGAUGGGUAACUACUCUUGUCAUCAGUUUUGAUGAGGUUGUCGCCAUCGAGAAAGAGAACACUGCAAUGGUUUUCCCCAAUGCGAUUGCCAUUCAGACAUUGCACGCUCGACACACCUUCCGCAGUCUGCUUAGCCGUGAAUCUACAUAUGAUCUGAUGGUUAACAUUUGGAAGAUCAAUCACCCGUCUGUCAAAAGCUCCGUGAAUGGAACCCGGGUCACCAACUCAACUGGUGAUAAGACUGAGAAGGUUGGAGAUGGUGAGAGUGACUCUGAAAGCGUCAUUUCUGAUGAAGACGAGGUUUACGAUGAGGAUGAAGAAGGCGACGCUGCCGACAGCUUCUUCGAGGCAGGGCCCAGCGCCAACGCUAGUGAUAGGUCAUUGCCUGGCCGAACAGGUCUUAGCCGCCAAACCUCAGGCUUGUCUACCAAUGCAACGAUCCCCGGGGCCGGGCCAGGUAACGGCGAUACCAAGAAUGGCGACAAAUCGGCGGCUUCCAAGGAACCCGACUUCCCUGGGCCGGCCACACACGGGCCCACUGAAUAUACGGAACCCGGUGGUUCAUAUGAUAAGAUUAUCAAGGAUGAAAACAUUCCUGCCCCACUUGGAAAGCUCUACUCCUUAGUCUUUGGACCUGCAUCGGGAGAGUUCAUGACCAAAUUCCUCGUGGACAAUCAAAAAUCUGGCGAGCUUCAGUUUGAAGGAACGGCUAAGGGCCUGACCAACGAAAGCCCCACCAGAAAGUAUUCCUACAUCAAGCCUCUCAACGGCGCAAUCGGUCCCAAGCAGACCAAGUGUAUCAGUACUGAGAACCUCGACUUUUUGGACUUGGAGAAGGCAGUCCUUGUCACGCUGAGCACCCAGACCCCCGAUGUGCCCAGUGGUAAUGUCUUUGCCACAAAAACCAAGUACCUCUUUACGUGGGCCCCUGGCAACCAAACUCGCUUCCUUAUGACGUGUACGAUAGAGUGGUCGGGGAAGAGCUGGUUGAAAGGUCCUAUUGAGAAAGGUGCAAUUGACGGCCAGACGGCAUUCGGUAACGACCUGGUCAAGUCUCUGAAGAUGGGUGUUGUUCCUCGUGGGCGCACCGCUGGCGCUGGGCGAGGCAAGGGUCGUCGCAAGAAGGGUGAUCCUGCUGUUCGUGAUGCGUCUGAGGCGGCUGGGCACAAAAAAUCUACGGAUUCCAGCUCAGGACAGGCCGAGUCCUGGGGUCUCUUCGAACCGAUUCGCGCGAUUUUGGAGCCUGUUACCAGCAUGCUUAAGCCGCUUUGGAGUGGAAAUGUCGUGAUUCUCAUCAUCGGUCUUCUACUCUAUAUGGCGUUCUUCCGGGCACCGUCUGCUUCAUCCACGCUGUCUCGCGGUACUGGCCUUCCUGGUCUCAGUCUGCCUCAGCGCUUGGCCGCUUACGACGAAAUGUGGCGUCGUGAGGAGAGUGAGCUGUGGAACUGGCUGGAAGACCGAGUCGGCAUGGACGGCAUGGUCUUCCCCACUCUGCAUCACCGUAUGCCAGAGGCUCACCCAACUCGCAAGGCUUCACAAGUCAAUGUGGCUGAUGAGCUGAAUCUUAUUGAUCGACUUCGCGAGGAAAAGGCCUCGGACCGAGACAUGGAUCACGCUAUUCGGACAACUCGCCAACGUCUCGAUAUUCUUGAAGAAAUAAUGAACAAGCGCAAGGUGCAACCGGCUCCCGAAGGCGAGCCUGUCCGAACCGAGCUAUGA